AUGAGUUUUAAGUGUCUUAAUCCUGAGCAGAGAGAUCAGAACCGGCCGUCCUCCUGUACCGACGGCAACCAACGGGAAUACUACUCUUACUCCAGCACCGUGGGCCGUGGCUAUGGAAGCGUCUUCAGUGCCGUGGGAGCGGGUCGUAUCACAGCGAUCCGCGUGUGGGAACGCUACAACAGCUACAUCCACGGAUUCCAGCUCAGAUUUGGCUAUAGCUGGACUCCGGUGUACGGUCGGUCCAGUGGGAACUUACAGCAGAUGGAGCUGUUUGAUGAUGAGGCCAUUGUGCAGCUGUCUGGGAAGUAUGCCUACGAUUACAUCAGGUAUUUGAGUUUUACCACCAGCAGGGGGCGCACUUUCAUUGCCGGCCAACCCUACGGCACCUCCUUCAACUUCUACCCCGCCCACGACGGAUCUGAGCUGAGGAUUCUGAGUGGCCGCUCCGAUUACAGAGGCAUCACUGCCAUUGGAGCUCACUGGGGAACAGUCGUCAUGGAUACAGAUGCAGCUGCAACUGAAUCUGUAUCCACUGCUGUGACAGUACACUGA